CCGACUAAAAUCACCCAGCUUGCUCGCUUGGGCGCGCUGCGACUUCGAGCAGAUGAACUUGAGAGGCGCAAUGCCAUUCCUUCACUUGUGCAAAACUUGAAUUGCCUAGACAUCGAAAAUCUGAAACACGGCCAGUCCCUUGCCAACGCCGAGCUUGGCGAGCACGACCACCGACUAGACAAGUUGCAAGGCCAGCUUGACGGGCACAAUGACACACUUCGCGGCUUGAAUGAAAUGCAAAAUGGCCUUGACAAUGGAUUCGCCACUCUCACCAAGAGAGUUGAUCAGGGAUUUGCCGCUGUCAACGAGAGGAUCGACCAGGGGCUUGCUGCUAUCAACGAAAGGUUUAAUAAGCUCGAAAAUCUUCAGAAUGAGCACAACUCUCAAAGAACUCGGGAAAUGCAGAUCCUCGAGGAAGCAAUCAAGUACAUGAAGGAGAGAGUGACUGCUAUGGAACUUCAAGCCAAAGGCUAUGACGAUAAUUUCAUAAUGCUGAACUGCAAGCUCGACGAUCAGUUGAAGCAGUUCGACGCUGACCGAAGUCGUGUGCUCGCUGUACCUGCAACCCAGGAGCUGGAGAAGUGGCUCGCAGAACUGAAGUUGCAAUUUAGACAAGCAGCGCAACUAAUCCUAACCAAGAAGAGUAUGACGCAGGGUAUGGAUCUACUCAUCGUUCGUUCGUAUCAUUGUACUGAACGCAUCCAACGCUACUUGGCCAGCUCCCGUGAGUUCAUAGCCUUGGCUAAGACCCAGCUCCUCAAGAACGAGAAACGCUUCAUCCAGACUUUCCUCGAGGCGCAGGACCCUGACAUCGCGCAUAUCCUGCAGUACCACCUUUUCAAGAAGCGACGGGAGGUGACAAAGAGAUCCAAGUCAAGCCAGCCGUCGGGAAAGGGCGUCAUCAUGCAAAUCCAUCUCAACAAGUUGACUGCGCAUGGUGUGAUCAAGACCUUCCAAGACUUGGACAUAAUCAAGGAGUUGGAGGUCUUCGAAACCCGGAAGAGAAGUCAAGUGAAAAAGCCUCAACUUCCGCGAGGCUGAACUUUCCCGUCCACAUUUGUCGAACAACAGUGACUUCCACCGCAGUAACGAGUUGACCACAGAUGAUCAGGUGCCAAACGUUAAUGGCUAGGCUGAACGAAGUGCCUUCUGUGCUACUAGCCGACGCGACGCAAUAUCUGUAAAUGAUCAUGUUGGGGCGUUGAUUCUAGGCCCGACAUCGGUUGCUGGUGUGGGACGAGA